UAGUAUAUUAUAAAUACUAUUAUUAAGACUAAUUGUUUAGAUUUUAUAUCUUUAUUUUGGGACUUAAUUCAAUAAAAAAAAUGUCAAAAAAUGAAGAAAUAGUAUGUUUGUUUGAUGUUGAUGGAACCUUGACUGAAUCUAGAAAAAAAAUAUCAGAUGAAAUGCACAAAUUUAUGUUACAAUUAACCAAAAAAGUUGUUGUUGGAUUGGUAGGUGGAUCAGAUCUGGAAAAGAUAAAAGAGCAGAUGGGAGGAGAAAGAUGCAUGACAGAUUUUGAUUAUGUUUUUGCUGAAAAUGGCUUAGUCGCUUAUAAAGGUGGUGAAUUAAUAUAUGUUCAAAGUUUUCUCAAGCAUUAUGGCGAAGAAAAAUCUCAGGAGAUUAUCAACUUUUGUUUAGAAUAUAUGUCAAAAUUGACCCUGCCAUGUAAAAGAGGUACGUUUAUUGAGUACAGAAAUGGACUUAUUAAUGUGUGUCCGGUUGGAAGAAGUUGUUCUCAAGAAGAAAGAACUCAGUUUAAUAAAUAUGACCAGGAGCAUUUGAUUAGAAAAAAGUUUGCAGAAGCAGUAGAAGAAAAAUUUUCUGCUUAUGACCUUCAAUGCACAAUUGGUGGUGAAAUAAGUUUUGAUGUGUUUCCUAUUGGUUGGGACAAGCGCUGUUGUUUGCAGCAUUUAGACAUGACUAAAAUCAAAGAAAUUCAUUUUUUUGGUGAUAAGGUUCAUAAAGGAGGCAAUGAUCAUGAAAUAUAUACAGACGAACGUGUUAUUGGUCACCAAGUAGCAAAUCCUAAUGAUACAAUGGAGCAGUUAAGAAGCUUGUUUUUCUAAUAAAUAAUAUUUAUAUUUGAAUAUUUGUAUAACAUUUAUAUUUAUUCCCAGUUUUAGGCAAUUUAAUUUUAUAGUAUUUUAGGAUAUUUUUGACAAUUUUGCACAAAUGUUGUAUUGCUGAUUAAAAUUUGUAACUGUUACUCAUGCUGUUAUUUAUCACGUUAAAAAAACUGUUAUUCUUUUA